AUGUCUACGGCGCAGGCACUCGCUCCUGGUGCCAAUAAUGCAAGCGAUCUACCAGCUUCACCUAUCCCAAUAUUUACGACGGUGGCCUCCUUCAGGGAAUGGAGGAGGAAGGCCUUUGAUGAAAAGAAAACGGUUGGGUUCGUGCCGACGAUGGGGGCCCUGCAUGACGGACAUCUGUCUUUAGUUAAACACUCUUUGGCGUCGAAUGACCUGACAGUCGUUUCAAUAUUUGUUAACCCGACCCAAUUCGCUCCUAAUGAGGAUCUGGCUACGUAUCCGAGGACCUUGUCACUCGACUUAGAGCUGCUCUCUGCGAUGUCCUAUACGCCCGACUCGUCGUCUUCCUCCUCCAAUCCCUCCCCUUCUGGUGUAGUGCGGACCCCUUCUGCGGUCUUCCUCCCCUCUGUGCAGGAAAUGUAUCCGUCCGGCGUAAGCCAGUCGGUGGACGCGCAGAAAGGCACCUUUGUCGAGGUGAAGGGCUACGGCGAGCAAAUGGAGGGCAAGAGCCGUCCUACUUUCUUUCGAGGCGUCGCCACUGUUGUCACCAAGUUGUUUAACGCGAUAGAGCCAACAAACGCGUACUUCGGCCAGAAGGAUAUUCAACAAGGCUUGCUUCUUCGCCGCAUGGUCCGAGACACGCUGCUAUCCCAUCCCGACCCGGAACAUCUCCACAUCAUGCCAACAGCCCGCGACCCAACAGAUGGCUUAGCCCUCUCAUCCCGCAACGUAUACCUGACUCUCGCAGAACGGCAAUUCGCGCCGACCCUCUACGCUGCUCUCCAAGCCGCUCGGGAUGCAUGGACCUCCGGGUGGACGAAGGACGAGUCCGUCAGCGCAGCUAUACAACUGGUCAAUAACCGCGCUCAACAGAUCGUUAGUGAGGUCGAAGUCAAGGUGGAUUAUAUCGAUAUGAACGACGCGGAGACGUUCGAGGUGGUGCACGGGGCGACUACAGCGCAGAGCGUCGCUGGGAGGCCGGUGAUUCUGAGUGGGGCGGUGUGGGUAGGGCGGACGAGACUCAUUGACAACCUCAUCCUUGGAGAUGAAGCAGCCAUCUUGGGUUAA